ACCACAGGUCAUGUCUGAAAGGAAAAACAAAAAGAGGAAAAAGGGAGGACAAUGGCUAAUGCAGUUGUAUGAUUGCAGGCAUCAACCGACCAGAGCAUGCUGGAUUCAGAUUUACCCGUCCGGUUUGGCAGUGUGCUCGCGACAUCAUUCCAGCUUCUGGGAAUCAUGGCAGUCGCAAUUGCAAUCACUCCACGGCUCAUAUUGCUCAUCACUCCAGUUACUAUUGUAUAUGUCAUGUAUCAGGUCAGUGGGCGAGAGACUUCAUAUGCAAUGAUGAUGAUGAUCAUGAUAACGAUAACGAUGGUAACAAAUUAUAACAAUGGUGACGAUGAUGAUGAUGAUGAUGAUGAUGAUGAUGAUGAUGAUACGAUGAUAACGAUGAUGAUGCUGAUGAUGAUAACGAUGGUGGGCAGGACUGCGAUAGUUGUGAAACUACCCGUACACGUGAUUUUUUAUGGAUACUUCCUUUCAAGUUCCCGCGAAUUGACUCGGCUGGAGGCAAUCACAAAGUCACCUAUCAUCCACCACUUUGCGGAAACACUUGCUGGCGCUGUCUCCAUUCGGGCCUUCAGACAAGAAGAACGAUUUGCAGGGGAGAAUUUGCAAAGAAUAGAUGACAAUUUGCGGGCAAAUUUUCAUAAUUUGGCGGCAAACGAGUGGCUGGGACUCCGGCUGGAGUUGAUUGCAGCGUUCAUCCUCACUGUGACAGCGAUGCUGCUCACAGCACCUGCUCAGCACGCCAUCAACCCUGGUAUGGUGGGCAUAUCACUCUCUUAUGGGCUUACCCUCAGUACGUGCGUCUGCUUUCUUGUCCUUAGCACAUGCCAGUUGGAGAACAAGAUGGUUUCUGUCGAACGAAUCAAACAGUACACGGUGAUUCCAAGUGAGGCAAGCCCCAUUGUUCAAGAAUGUCGACCACCGCCAGACUGGCCAUCUGAAGGCAGUAUAGAAUUUCAGCAACUACAAGUUCGCUAUCAUUUGUUGUCACCUUUAGUCCUCAAGGGAGUUACUUGCUCCAUUGGUGGAGGAGAGAAGGUGGGUGUAGUUGGACGGACAGGAAGCGGCAAAUCCACCCUGAUACAGAGCCUUUUCCGCUUGGUUGAACCUUGUGGAGGCCGGAUAAUAAUCGACACCAUCGACAUCUCAUCGAUCGGUCUGAAGGAUUUGAGGUCCAAGCUGGCAAUUAUUCCACAGGAAGCGACAAUGUUUGAGGGAACUGUGCGGAGCAAUCUGGAUCCCUUGGGAGUUCAUACCGACACGGAAAUGUGGCAGGCCUUGGAGAAGUGUACCCUUGCGGAUCUGAUCAGGAAAAAGGAUGAAAAACUUGACUCAGCAGUGACAGAGUAUGGCGGGAACUGGAGCGUGGGGCAGCGGCAGUUGUUCAGUUUGGGGCGAGCUUUGCUUGCGCAGUGCAAGAUCCUUGUUCUUGAUGAGGCGACAGCAUCCAUAGAUUCGGCAACAGAUGCGGUCAUACAACGAGUGAUUCGCAAGGAGUUCUCUGAGUGUACAAUCAUCAGCAUUGCACACAGAAUACCAACUGUGAUAGACUCUGAUCGCGUCAUGGUACUCAACAACGGAGUGGUCGUUGAGUAUGGUGCCCCAUCAAGGUUGUUGGAGGAUAAAGGAUCCUGCUUUGCAUCGAUGGUCCAUGAGUACUCGUCACGGUCUAGCAGUGUUGCUGACUUGACGUUCAUGGUCAGGAAUCAAUCUCCCCGUGAAGAGAGUUUCUGCCACUCACCUUCACUUAACUCCCGUUCAUCAAGCAGCCACAAGCCCAGUGGUGCAUCAAGCUCUGGUUCUAACUGGAUGGAUACCACUCCUUGUGUCCCUUAGAUCUCUCAACCUUAGCAUCCAAGACAUGGUUUUACCUGCAACCCCCUCUCUCUCUCUCUCUCUCUCUCUCUCUCUCUCUCUCUCUCUCUCUCUCUCUCUCUCUCUCUCUCUCUCUCUCUCUCUCUCCCCAGGGAUUGCCCCUGCUUCCACUCUCUUGCGCAUGCACAUGUUCAUACAGAUACACAAGCACAAGAAGGCCCGUACUGUGCCUCAUGCCUUGUUCCCCUCUCACUCAUCAGCAUACAGGAUGCAGGAAAAAAGACGAUUCUGCCUACAUUUGUAUGCGGUUGUAUUUGCAUUGGUGUUGUUUCAAAGGAUUCAUGAUAGCAUUUCUCACACCCGCAGGCAAGAGCUG